AUGACAGAGAUGCUUGUCUUCUUGGCUGAGUCCGUUCAAGCCCCUGGAGACCCCCCAGAGGCUGGGUGGAAGGACAUCAGCUCUGUCCCUCUGCACGGACCAAGGUCUGGGCUGCUGGGUGGGAAACAGGCCAAGCCUGGCCGUCCUCCAUCCCUUGGCAGUGGAGGCCCCCCAAAUCCCUUUGAGGCUCCCAUCAGCAUGCUGCACCCUUGUCCUCGCCGACACAGCCGCUUCACUUCUAUGCCGAGCCCCUGCCGCUCACCGUCACUCAGUGGCUUCCUGUCAGCCACCACUCCCGUGGCCAUCCCCGACUUCCUAAAUAACUUCAACAGUCCACUCUGGGGGGCAGGCGGCCACCCACCCCGGGCUGCCCAGAACCCACAGGGGUCCCAGGGGCUGAGGAAGAGUUUGAAAACCACUGGUCCCCGGGUGAAGCUCAAACUCCUCAGCCAAGCAGACCGCCUGCCGGGGCUGUCCUCACCCCACCGGGACCAUCUGGCACACUCCUGUGCUGCCUCAACUGCCCCCUCAGAAGUGUCCGUAUCCCCUACAAUCCGUCCGCGCCGGGCGCCGCGGGCUCGGCGGCAGCAGCUCUUCGGCUGCUCCCGGAGCAGGUCAGGACCCAGCGGGCGGAUGGACCGCCGCGGCGGGGAGGGCGAGGACGACGAUGACGAGGAAGAGAAGCGGGGGGGCGGCGCCGCGGACUCGCAGGGGGUCAGACUGCCCCCCAUCGCGGGCGGCACCUCGGAACUGCCCAAGCGGAAGGUGAAGAAGAAAAAGAAGAAAAAGAGCAAGGGGUCGAGCAAGGGGAACGGUGAACAUCAGAGCCAAAGCCUGAAGAAUCAGUCACUUUCUACAUCCUUUCACGGCAUCUUAAGUCCCAGCAAAGAUCAUGGCCUGAAGCAAGAGCACAGACAAGACAAAGAGGAAAACAAGCACAUCCCUCCUUACCCCUGCACUGCGGGCUGCCCCCAUUUUGCCGAAAUAGAAGAGAAACUUGCCAACCAGAUCAAAGAAAGUCUGCGUUGGGACGGAAUUCUCGCCGAUCCAGAGGCAGAAAAAGAAAGGAUUCGUAUCUAUAAACUGAACCGGAGGAAGCGGUACCGGACUUGGGCCCUCAAGGGCUUCCACUCUGACCCCUGCGCGGAGGAGACCCCUGAGACCUUCCCCCUCCUCUCAGACAAAGACUGCAGCCCCCGCGGCAUGCAGGCGGCCGGAAGAGCCGACCACCCGAGUCACUACUUUGAAGGCAACCUUGCCCCGAGGAGCCUACACUCCGAUUUAGCUACCACUGUGCCCGAGUGAAAAACCGCCCUCGACCCUGACGAGCGUGUAAUUAUCCUGACCACAAGUUUAUGUGUUAAAAAAUAAUAAUAAUAAAAGGAAAUCAGACCUAGAUCUGAGGGAAGCAGACACUUGGUACGUUAAUGAGCUCAACCUCCCCUUCACCAAGAUGCGCUCAACUGCCAAGGGAAGCCACAUUCCUUAAGACGAAAGCAAUUUCAUGAACCAGUUUCUUUUAAGUGUUUUCUUUUUCUCUACUAAAUUGGCAUCUCCCUUUGUUUGUAAUUCCUUAUAACAGUUAGAUGUCUAUAAUCUACCCCCCAAAAGAAGAGAAAGCAUGCAGAUGAUAUAAAUUUUAUGACAAAUCAAUUUCAUGGGUAAGACUCCUUACAUAGUACAGGCUUCUGUAGGCCCAAGGAAAAUGCCUCAAACAUUCUAGAGACUUUUUUGUUUUUAAAUAAGUGCACUCCCUGACCUUAUGUGGUCUUCAAGAUAAGUGGGUUCCAGAACUUAAUCCCUAGAGGGUUAUUAUGGGGAAACCCAAAAGGAAU